CACAUCACAAGCGUAAUGAUAAAAUGGAGUCUCAUUUCUCUGAACAGUUUGUACACAAAUUCUAAUUAGUUUUAUGUAUAUAAUCAGUAUUAGGCGAAACAAUAAGUAACGUUAAGUGGAAUCGGAUGAAAUUAGGGUGAUUGUAGAAUCGGGAAAAGUGAGGAAACAGUGUAAAAAGUGAAAAUCGGAUUGCAGAUCAUCAGCGAACGUACACACACGAUCAACGGUGUCCAUGAGAUGCUGUAGUGAGAUGAGCAACAAAGACGAAACGAAGAUAUGUGCUGCCUAAAGCAAUGGACUCAUACGACUUGUUCGGGGAAGAUGGUACCGGAAUGUUGGAAGGUCUGCCGGACCUGGCCGGAGGCGGCGGAGGCGCUGGCGGUGCCGGUGGUGGAGCGGGUGGCGGUUUCGACCCCACUCCGGUGACUGGCGCACCGCGAAAUGCUAGCGCAUACCCGGCCCAACAGCAGCAACCCAUUUACUCACAAGAUACACCCCUUCAGAAAUUGGCCACAUUCGGUGGUCCGGAUUUCAAUCACAUGGAUCCGAACGCUCAGAACAUGUAUGCCCAAGGGUACGGCACGGAUAGGCCCAUGGGCCCGCCGCCCGGUUCUGCCUACCAGCAACAUCAACGGCAGAUGGUAAGGCCUCCGACGGCAACUGCUGCUGCACAGUAUCCAUACCAGACCGACAAUAUGUACUCGAUGCCCGAUGUACAGGUAAGCGGCAUGGGCGAUUCGAGCAAUAUGCAAGCAGCAGCUGCAGCUGCUGCUGCAGGUUGGACUCAGCACGCUGCAGCCGCAGCAGCAGGUUACCCCGGAAUGCACAGAUAUAGCCAGAUGAGCCAAUAUCGACAACAAACUAUGUCCGGUUAUCCUCAUCAACAAGAACCGAAGCAACAAUUUUCUACGGCGCAGCACCCUAUGAUGCAACAACCGCAUCAAGCCUCCUAUCAAAUGCAACAAAGGCACGCUGCGCACUAUCCUCAAGCGGCUUCCGGAUAUCCCACGGCAGCGUCGAGUCAAAGCUACGCAAAUUACAUGCAUCAGCGAUUACCUCACCACCACCAGUACCCACAACCACAUCAUCAAAUGGAUAUGGCUGCCGUCUCGCAGACGCAACAGUACGCCCAAAUGAGUCAUAAUCAAAGCUUGUCUCAUGGCACUCCUACCGGUGGACACAUGGGACAAACGCCACACUCAGUUGGCCAUACACCUGGUCACACUCCUGGACUUACACCUGGUCUCACAUCAGGCCAUACUCCAAGUCACACACCAGGCCACACUCCUGGUCACACACCCGGCCACACUCCUGGUCACACACCAGGCCACACUCCUGGUCACACACCGGGCCAUACUCCUGGUCACACACCGGGCCUUACGCCUGGCCAUGCUCCUGGCCACGCCCCUAGCCAUGCUCCUACGCAGAAUCAUACCACUCCUCAACAACCUCAGCCGCCAAACCCUAUGGCACAUCCUAGUAAUAUUGGAUAUAACCAAAGUCACCAGAGUUUGCAAUCUAUGCAGCGACAGAUGGAAGUACCUUCUAACCAGCAGCAAUUUCAGACAAAGCAUUCUAGUGGACCAAUGGGUAAUGUCAGCCCGCAAUAUAGGGCGCCGUUCCCUCAACUAUCUCCGCAAAUGUCACCUAGGUCCCAAAUGUCGCCAAGACCUACACAGACUUCUCAGAUGUCGCCGAGACCAAAUAUGUCUCCAGCUAAACCUAAUAUGUCUCCGCAUCCAUCUCCUAUGCAACAAAGUACGUUAAGUCCAAGACCUACACCGAGUAUACCACCCAAGGUUUCGACCGCUUCUCCAGCACCGAUACCACCUUAUUCGCAACAGAGUACUUUACAAGCUUUGGAACAGAUGGUCAUGCCACCUUCUAGCACAAAUGCGACCGAAUAUCCAUCUUACCAAUCAAGAAGUUCGCUAGGACCGCCGCAAGGUCCGCAGAAUCCUUUGAGUCCCGCAAUGGGAAUGAGAAACCCGAUGAGUGAGCAGCAAUGGCCGCUGGUGCAGGCCAGGCAAGUGUCACAUUUGUCUAGUUUAAAUGGUUCUAUGGGUAUGAUAGAUCAAAAUCCUAUACCGACUAGCCAGACAAUACCCCCAACGCAGUCGAUACCGCCAUCUAGUUUGCCAAAUACCCAGAUGCCGCCAGCCCCUAGUAUAAAUGUAGGUUUUGGUAACGAAGAAAUGAGAAGUGAUAUUAGUAAUACGAGUAGUACGAAUUUAUUAGAAAUGACAAUUAGGGAGAAAGACUCUUCUGUGUCGCAGAGCAUUCCUAUCAGUAGUCAAAUCGAAUUUACCUCAGUUCAAUCGCCUACUACAAGUAUACCAGACAAAAUGCCUAGCAGUACCACUAAUACAGAAGUUAAAGUCCCCACAUCAAUGCCCACAAUGUCAUCUCAUCCGCCGACUCCGACACCCACAUCAACUACUGACGAUAAUAUAACCAACACACAAGAGACUAGUCUUCCUUCAAAUAGCGAAUCUGUGAAACAGAUCGAUGAAUUAAGCAACACUAGUUCAACUUCACAGCAACAGACUCCAAGUCAGAGUAGUCAGAACAACUUCACAGAUUUUAACUGCGUGUCUAGCAUGACAGGUUAUCCUAGUCAACCUGGUACUCCGAAAAGUAAUAAAAUGGAUGAUUUGGUGCAAUCAAACGCCUCGAUAUUUAGUCAAGAUAACUCAGUAUCUCAAGAAUCUUUACCAGAAUCUAAUAAGUCUGAUCGCAGUUCGACGCAUUCUCCAAGAUUACAGUCGCCCACCUCAAAUAGUCAAGGUUCGAUGCCUUUACCAUCUAAUGCGACACUUAAUCAAAGAGAUAGCCGAGCGCCUUUUAGUAUAAAUUAUGCCUCUACUCCGUCGCCUACUCAGUCGCAUUCAUUAGUACAAAGUACAAAUAGAACAUCGCCUAGUCCUAUAGGCCAACAUAUUCAGUCCAAUCAAAUGAUGACGACUUCAGCACAAAUGCUCCCAAAAAUAACACAGCAUCUUAGCAACAUUCAACACCAGAGUCAACAACAUUCACCUUUGAGCGUGUCUCAAAAUCAAAACAGUAUGCAUGAACAGACCUUAUCCAGUAACAGCAUGUCUAGUCCGCCUCCUGCUUCAAUGCAAAGCAGUAUACCGAAUGUACCUAUUAUACAUAGUCAAAAUAGUAUGCCUUGCACUCCAACUAUUUUGAAUACACCUAAUACAACAAGUCCUGUUUCGUCACAAAGUAGUAAUAUAAUUCCACAAAUUUCUGAAUCGAUCACCGUCUCCGCUCAAAAUCCAACAAGUUUACACAAUCAGACACAACAAAAUGUUUCCAACUUGUUAAAUCAGAGUACUCAAAACAUGGGAUCCCAACCUCCAGUUUCAGUUCCCAGUCAAAAUACUUCAUCAUUAAUUGGUGUUCAAAGCAAUGCUCUAUCUGGUCAAAGUAAUAUAGCAACACCAGCUGUAAUAGCUGUCCAAAAAAAUAUACCUUCUCUGUCUGGUCAAAAUACUUUGCCCUCUAUACCUAAUUUGGCAAUUAUGCCUAGUCAACCUCCAAUACAAGAUAUUCAAUCUCCACCGCCCAUGCCUCAGUCAAAUAUUCCUCUGAUGCCAUCACAAAAUCUUCAAAUUCCAAACGUCCAAACUCCUCCACAAACGUCGUUAACCCAGCUUGGUCAGAUUCCUCAUCAAAUUCAAAAUGCGAAUAUUCCUCCAAUUGGAAAUGUGCCAAAUAUACCGUCAAAUACUAAAACUGGUAUGUUUGAUCAAAACAAUCAAAUGUUGAAUCCAAAUGGUAUGCCAAUGAGUAACAAUAUAGGUAUUUCUCCUAGAAUAACACCUCAUGGUAUGCCAUUGACGCAUCCAGGCAUGCCUCUUGGAAUGACUGGCCAUCCAGGAAUGAUAGGAAGUAUGGGCGGAAUGAUACCCGGACCAGAUAUGCCAGGAUACCAAACACCGAUAAGCCACCAUCAAGAACGUGCAGCACUACAACAGCAAUUACAAGAGAUGUAUUGCAUGCCUCCUGGACCAGAACAUCAAGAGAAAAUAACUUUUCUUCAAGAUAGAUUGAAUCUCCUUAGUCAACAUGAAGCAACCGAUCAGUGCAAUGGAGGUGCUCAAUGCAUACUUCAAACGCCUAUGUUCAGUUCGCCAAUGAUAGAUAGUCCGCAAGUAUCUAGUACAACAGGUAGAGGUAGAGGAAAAGGUCCACCAAAACCAAGAAAACCUCGUGCGAAAAAAGGAGAAAAAAUUACCGAACUUAACCAAGUCGCAUCACCUGUUAACACUAUAAUGCCCGUUAUACCUCAACCUCCUCAGCAAUUACCAGUGUCUGAUGACUUUGUGACACCUGGAGCAGGUCUGAGUAUACCUUCCAAUGAAAUGUCAGAAUUUACAGAUAUUGGAACAGACGCCGAAAUUGAAAAGAAAAAGAAAGGAAGAAAACCCCGCGGUGCUAAAAUAAAAGAGGGUAAAGAAAUUAAAGAGCCUAAAGCGCCAAAAUCUCCAAAGGAACCAAAAACGCCACGAGAAAGAAAGAAACGCGAACCUAAAGAUUCACAGGAUCCGCCUAGAGUAAAACGAAAAUAUGUAAGAAAGAAAAAAAUAGGCGAUUCUGAAGAAAGCGCUACAGAUGAAUCGUUCAAUAAAUCGAAUGAGAGUAAUGAGGAAGUGUCUGCUUCUGUUGCCAAUGAACCAUCAAAAACUUCUGAGGCAGAAGCCGAAGCAGCAGUCCCUUUCGAAUCAAAAACAGAAGAUCCCGAUUCUCAAGCUUUACCAGAGAGUUCGGUACCAUCUACUGAAAAACCAGAAGAAAUGCAGGCUGAUUCUCAAACACCCGCCGAAGGUAGUGUCUCUAACGAAACCGAAGAAGGUAAAAAAGACGAAUAUAAUUUUGAAGAUCAACCAAGUCCGGAGUUGGUUGAACUGCCAAGAAGAAGUAAAAAGGCCAGGGCUGUGCCGGCAAGAUCCAAACCGAGUGGCGUUAAAAGGCCCAAGCGUAGUUCGACUGGUGGACGUAGACGUAGAGGAACCAUUGUCCCCGAAUCUGACGGGGAAAACGAGGAUAUGAUCUCAACACCUCCGCCAUCGCCUCCUGACGAUGGGGAAAACUCUUUGAAACGCAGAUCUGCAAGAAAUACGCAACGAAAGAAGUAUAUUGAUGACGUAAUGCUUAGGUUUUCAGAUGAUGAUGCACCUCCUACGCCUACUCGAAGUCGGAAGGCUCCUGUGCCAUCAACUCCAACUUUGCCAACACCGCAACCACCACCACCACCGAGUAGUCCACCUGAGCCAUCAACUCCCUCAGAAGAUGGAACUCCCGCAUCUACUACAGACACCAAAAAUCAGAUGAAUUAUGUAUAUGUUAAUCCCACAGAAGAAGAUUCUAUGGUGGUCCAAUAUGUUUUAUGUGCUAGAAUGACUAAAAGAAAGAGGAAGAAGGGAAUACUACCUCCUGAAGAACCUAAAAAAGAACAUAAAGAUGGCGAAGAAGAUACUGAAAAGGAAAAGAAAGAAAAAGAUGACGAUUCAGACGAUGAGGAAGAAGAAUUACCUAUUGUUAUUCCUCCAGAAAAACCUACAUCCGACGUAAAAGAUGAUGAGGAGGAUGACGAAAUGGAGGAAUUAGAAGAAUAUUAUGUAAAAUACAGAAACUUCUCAUAUCUACAUUGCGAAUGGAAAACCGAAGAUGAAUUAUUUAAAGGCGAUAGAAGAAUCGCUAAUAAGAUCAAGAGAUUCAAGCAGAAACAAGCACUACAGAUGAAUAUUUUCGAGAAUUUGGAGGAAGAACCGUUCAAUCCCGAUUACGUUGAAGUUGACAGAGUAUUAGAUCUCUCUGAGCACACUGACACAACUACAGGGGAAAUAGUUAGGCACUAUUUGGUCAAGUGGCGAGCAUUACAAUAUGAAGACUGUACAUGGGAACUCGAGGAAGAUGUAGAUCCAAUAAAAAUUCAACAGUAUGAAAAAUUUAAUAAAGUACCACCAAAAGAUACGUGGAAACUCAAAAAGAGAGGCACUCCUGAGCAGUGGGCAAAACUAGAAAACUCUCCCGUUUAUAAAGGUGGAAAUAGUUUAAGGGAAUACCAGUUGGAAGGUCUAAACUGGCUCUUUUUCUCUUGGUUUAAUACACGAAAUUGUAUUCUUGCAGAUGAAAUGGGUUUGGGAAAAACCAUUCAAAGUUUGACCUUCUUACAUGCGAUAUGGGAGUGGGGUAUAAGAGGACCAUUCUUAGUUAUUGCUCCCCUAUCUACCAUCCCCAAUUGGCAGAGGGAAAUUGAAAGUUGGACGGAUAUGAACGUAAUAGUCUAUCAUGGAUCUGCUACCAGUAGAAACAUGUUACAAGAAUAUGAGAUGUAUUAUAAAAACGACAAAGGGCAGUUUAUUAAAGACAUAACAAAGUUUAAUAUUCUGAUUACAACUUUUGAAAUCAUAGUUACAGAUGUUGCAGACUUAAAGGGUUUCAACUGGAGAAUUUGUGUGAUAGAUGAAGCACAUAGACUGAAAAAUAGAAAUUGUAAAUUGCUGGAAGGUCUAAGACAACUAAAUCUUGAACAUAGGGUUCUUUUGUCUGGUACACCUUUACAGAAUAACGUAAAUGAACUAUUUUCAUUACUAAAUUUCUUAGAACCAAGUCAGUUCAACAAUAGCGAAAUAUUUAUAAAUGAAUUUGGUCAAUUAAAAACGGAACAAGAAGUUCAGAAAUUACAAUGCCUGCUCAAACCAAUGAUGUUAAGACGACUGAAGGAAGAUGUAGAGAAAUCUCUUGCACCCAAAGAAGAGACGGUUGUAGAAGUGGAAUUGACUAAUAUUCAGAAGAAAUAUUAUAGAGGUAUACUGGAGAGGAAUUUUUCUUUCUUAUCCAAGGGUACUACCCAUGCUAAUAUACCAAAUUUGAUGAAUACUAUGAUGGAACUCAGAAAAUGUUGCAUCCAUCCAUAUUUGCUAAAUGGUGCUGAAGAACAAAUCCAGUACGAUUACAAAAACCAGCAUGGUGAAGAUGUAGAUGCUUAUUAUAAGUCUCUUAUCCAAUCCAGUGGUAAAAUGGUGCUUAUCGAUAAAUUAUUGCCAAAACUCAAAGCAAAUGGACACAGAGUCUUGAUCUUCAGUCAGAUGGUUAAAUGUCUUGAUAUCCUAGAAGACUACUUAAUGUAUAAGAAAUAUCCAUUUGAAAGAAUUGAUGGAAGAAUUAGAGGCAAUUUAAGACAGGCAGCUAUCGAUAGGUUUUCUAGACCAGAUUCAGAUAGAUUCAUAUUUCUUUUGUGCACCAAAGCAGGAGGUCUUGGUAUUAAUCUAACGGCAGCAGAUACUGUAAUAAUUUAUGAUAGUGACUGGAAUCCUCAGAAUGAUUUGCAAGCUCAAGCCAGAUGCCAUAGAAUUGGACAACAGAAGAUGGUUAAAAUAUACAGGUUGUUAUGCAGAAAUACUUAUGAAAGAGAAAUGUUUGAUAAGGCUUCUCUGAAGCUAGGAUUAGAUAAAGCCAUUCUCCAAAGUAUGAACACAGCCCAAGGAGGCAAAGAUGCUGGUAAUAGAACGCUAAGUAAAAAAGAAAUCGAAGAUCUUCUCAAGAAAGGUGCUUACGGUGCUCUACUAGAUGAGGAUGAUGGAGACAAGUUUUGCGAAGAAGACAUUGAUGUUAUUCUUGCAAGAAGAACCCAAGUUAUAACCAUGGAAUUAGAAAAAGGUUCUACCUUUUCUAAAGCUAGUUUUGCUUCUAGCGCUAAUAGAUCUGAUAUUGCUAUUGAUGAUCCAGAUUUCUGGAAUAAAUGGGCUAAAAAGGCGGAGAUAGAUACUACAGAAAAAGAUGAAAGUGAAGACUUGGUGUUAUCAGAACCAAGACGCAGAACACAGAUUAAAAGAUACGGCCACGAUGAGAGUGCUAUUGAUAUGUCGGAGUUAGAAAGCUCCUCAGAUUCUGAUCCCGAUAAUGAUGGAUUAGGAGGUGGUUUAAGAAGCAAGAAGAAAUUAAGAAAGAGGAAGUACAGACCUGAUGAUUAUAUUCCAAGAGAAGGUGAACCUAGAGGUGAUAUUGUGUACGGAAGCUGGGCUAGAAGAGAAUGUUUUAUGGUCGAAAGAGGUCUACUAACUUUCGGAUGGGGUAGAUGGCAGGAAAUUCUUAUGCACUCGCAACUGAGAAAAGGUUGGAAGGAAUCCGAUAUAGAGGACUGCGCUAGAGUAAUAUUACUUUAUUGCUUGAGAUUCUACAGGGGUGAUGAAAAGAUUCGCAGCUUCAUAUGGGAUCUAAUAGCGCCGUCUGAAAACGGCGAGCAGACGAUAUCUAAAAACCACCAUGGACUUAAGGAUCCAGUGCCUAGAGGUAUUAGAAAUAAGCACAAGAAGAAGGAUAAAGGAAUUUUGACUAAGGAUUUAAAGCAUCCAGCCAUCACUGAUCCAAAUCAUUGGAGCAAGAGUGAGAAGUACGAUGGAGAUAUAUUCUUGGAGAGUAAUUAUAAAAAGCAUCUCGGAAGACAUGCUAAUAAAGUUUUGCUUCGUGUACGGAUGUUGUAUUACAUAAAACAUGAAAUUAUAGGCGACUUAGUGCAACACAUUGCUGAUGGGGUGCAUGCAAGUGCCCUGCCGAUAUAUCCUCCUGUAACGGAGCAAUUACCUUGCGUGUGGUGGGAUGGUGAAUGCGACAAGUCUCUGCUCAUUGGCACUUGGAAGCACGGCUAUGAAAAUUAUACGGAGAUGCGUGCUGACCCCACCCUAUGCUUCCUGUCUCGUUGCGGUCCGCCCUCCGAUAGGGACCUCCAGAUGGCUACGAAUAACGCGUUACCCCCAACGCCCGCACUCAACGAAGAUGACGCCGAAGACGAUGACACCAACGAAGAAUCAAGUCUGAAAUCCAAAAACAGAGACGCUUCUGAAGCAAAUUCUGAAAUUGCGGAACCUUCACCGGGUCCGUCGGCUUCUUCAGAAACCCCUGGACCUUUGGACAAUGAAGACAGGCCUGUUGAAGAAUCUGACGACAAAAAUUGGCCUACCAUCACGGAUCUUAAUACUCGAUUGAGGAGAGUCAUUACUUCUUAUCAAAGAAAUUGUCGCAAGGAAGAACAAAAAUUGGCAGCAUCUAAAUCAAAGCCCCAGAUAGAUAGCGCCCUGUCCUCACCUUUGGCCGCGCUGGCGCAGGUGUCUCAGCAGUUCGAUCCGAGGGACGCGGCCGCUCUAGGGCUUCAGGGAUGGGACCUCCAACAGCUGGCCCUUUAUUUGCUGAAGAUGGAGCGACAAGGAAAGCAAGCAUUGGAAACAAUGCGCGAUCCCGUCAAAGAAAGAGAAAAGUCGACAAUUGGAAAACGGUGGACUAAACGAGAGGAAGCCGAUUUCUUCAGAGUUGUAUCUUCGUAUGGUGUCAUUUAUUCUAGAAAGAAAAAGUCUUACGAUUGGAUCAAAUUCAAGCAGUUAGCUAAGUUGGAGAAGAAAUCUGAUGAUGAACUGACGGAGUACUAUAAGCACUUUGUUAUGAUGUGCAAGAAGCAAACCGGUUCUAAUAUAGAUGAAUCCAACUACGAUUCAUCUAUUGAACACAUUUCUGAGGAAAAAGCGAGAAGGACUUUGGAACGGUUGGAAUUGCUGUCGAGGAUUAGAGAAGAAAUUUUGAUGCAUCCUAAAUUGGACGAAAGAUUAAGAGUGUGCGUUACAUCAGCCGAUAUGCCUGAAUGGUGGAUUGCCGGUAAACAUGACAAAGAUUUGUUGUUGGGGGUAGCAAAACACGGCCUAGGACGAACGGAUUAUUAUUUACUAAAUGAUCCAGACCUCUCUUUCCAUGAAAUUUUGAGAAAAAAGGUUCGCUCAGAAACGACGGAUUCGAAAGAUGCAAUAAAACUGGAAUGUCACGAAGACAUCCUCAAAUUUGACAAAAACGAAAUUUUGGUUAAACUCGAAAAGGGCGAAGGAACUCUAAAAAUCGAAAAAGUAGCUCAUAAAAAGGAGCCAACCGAGAAAAAGCCCGAAGAAGAUGCCAAAGUAAAUUUGACGAUUGUUAAGAGCGAAAAAUGCGAAAAAGAACCAACUGACGAAGUUAAAGAGGAAGAGAAAGAAACGGAAGUAAAGGAAGAGAAAAAAGAAGAAAAAGAGGAGACUAAAGAAAAAGAAGAAGUCGAGGAAAAGAAAGAACCGGAAUUGAAGGAAACUAAAGAAAGCGAACCGGAAGAGGAAUUAAAGGAACCAGAAAAAGAGGAACAUGAAAAUGAACCCGAAACUGAAGAUCUAUCGAAACCAAAAGAAGAACAGAUAGAACCCGCACAAGAACCAAAAGAUUCUAAAGAAGUUCUUAAAAAAUUGGCAGAGGAAGAAGCAGAUUUGUGUUCUAAACAAGCCGCCGAGCUUAAAGCCAUGUUUCCGGAUCUUGAAGUAAUUCAACCGUUAUCGCGGCUGUCGCAAGUCGAUACUUUCGUUCUCAGAGAUAAACCGCUUACGGGGGCGUUAGAUUUCACUGAAACAACCGUAGCUCAAUUGUUCAAUAACGCCGUAAAGUGGCCGAAAGAGUACGCGAUACAAGUUCGAUUGCAGCAUAUCAUAUACGCGGUAGAGACCAAAGAAUGGCCGGUCACUAAAUCUUUCUCGGCGUACGCGACAGGUAUCGGUAACGAAUUUGAUAUACCGAUCCAUGAAUUGACCAACGAACCUCCCAAAAGGGAGACUUCGACUCCCAUGUCUAUUGGCGAUACUGAAGUGAUAAGUAUGAGCGGUGAUAGAUUCGCGGGUAACAAAAAACGAAAGAGGCACAUAGCGAUCGAUGUGGAAACUGAAAGAGCUAAAUUGCACGCACUUUUGAACAGUAGUCACAUUACUAAUCCACUUCCCAAGCAUACUAUGUCGUGGGAUAACAACGAUGAUUCGGAGGAAUCUAGACGGUCUACUCCGGUUCAAAAUGUUCAACCGCCUCCAGCGCAUCAACAAGCGGCUAGAUUGAAUUUGACUGCAAUGAAAAUGCCGUACGACUUGCAGUACCACCAUUCUCAGGUUACUAAAACUAUCGGGCAAACAACUGUCAUUCCAGGAACUAGUAGUACUCUUACUCCAAUUGAUUUGAGUUCAAGCAUUCCAAAAAGUGAAAAAUCAGCCACGCUUGAUAUGCAAAACGAAGUUCAAGAUUUCUCUGUUAAAAAAUCAUCGACUCCAACUCCUUUACCUAAAACUUCCAAUAAAUUGGACGACACUCUCUCCAAAUUGAUGAAAAGAAAGAAUUGUCCUGAACCAGAACCACUAAUCGGCAAAGAAAAGAAACGCAAGAAACUCGACGAGAUCGUCUUAGGUCUCUCAGCCGCUAAAGAGCAAUCCCUAUUCAGCCCAGAACCGUCUAAAAAACAACCCGUCACUCCCAGCGUAACCGUAACUCCCACCUCUGCGCCCGUAAGCACCUGUCAUAAUCCCACACAAAAACCUUUUACCAUAACCGUCACUUCCGUACCUUCCACAGCUCCGUCUAGUCGCAGCAGCGGUAUGUCUCAAGGCAUGUUUCCGCAACUAUCUUCGAGCGGUAAAGACAGCUUCUCCAGUUUCCUGGCCCAAGCCGAACAGCAAAAUAUGUUGCUGAAGAAGCAGCAACAACAACAGCAGCAGCAACAGAGGAAGAGCUACGAAGCCAUGAUCGCCGAUAUCAGCAAAGUGUCCGAGUUUAGUUCGAAAGUGAAUUCUUAUUCGCACGAAGCCAAGGUUAAUAAGUGGUUGGCCGAACAGAAUGCAGCUCUGGCUGAACAACCUCUUUCAGCUGACUAUUUGGCGACUAGAAGAAGAAGACCGAGAGUCGAUCCCACUCUUCUAGAUUGGAAAAAAUUGACUGGGGAUGAAAAUGUGGCUGUUAUUCAUAGAGUUACUGGGAAGAAAUUGACUGGGCCGAAAGCACCUACUUUGAAGAGAUUAGGUCAGUGGUUGAUGGAGAAUCCUAUGUAUGAUAUUGAUCCUAAAUGGUCUGAAUUAGUUAAAGAAAGAGGGAAUUUGAGCCAUGAUUUGCAAAAGAGACUACCAGGUCAACCUAGUGGUAGUUCCGGUAACAGCGGCAAGAGUAAGGGCAAUGUACCAGGUCGACCACCAUUACUAUCCAGCCCCACUGGGUCUACAUCCAGCGUUAGUUCCGCCAAUUUAGUAACUUCAUUACCAUCCAGCAUGUCUUUCCCUACAUUAGGCACUUCAUCGUUGGCUGGGCUAAAUUCGAACCUACUCACAGGUCUAUCUGGAUUAGGACAGUUUGAUCCAAAAACGAAUCCUUUACUGAUGCCUUUCGCUGGUUUACCCAACAUGGGAGCUCUUGGUUCGAUGGGAGGUCUUGGAAAUCUCACAAACAUGAAUUUGUUUGCAAACUUGGCGGGCUUAGGAUUGCCCGGUUUAGGCGGCAUGGACCCAUCGGCGUUGCAAGGUGGGACAGGUGAUACCUCAAAAAGUAUGUCAAAAUCUAGCACUAGUACGAGCAAGUCCAAUAAACCUCAAGAAGCACACAGUUCGAGUAAAGGUCAGAGUGGUAACAUACCAACUACUAAUCCAUUCCCAUUCUUUUUCCCGAAUCCGAGUUUGUUGUAUUCGCCAUUCGGUUUGGGCGGAUUGAAUCCUUUGUCUCUGCAGCCGGGAAUGUCAGCGGCCUACGAUACUUUAGCGCAACAGUGCGGUUUACUUAACGGCAGUCUUAAUCCAGCAGCUUCUCCGACUAGCAGCUCCAAAAUGGGCAAAAUGCCCACAUCAAGGCCUCCGUCGGCAACCACUACUACCUCUUCUGGACAGGGCAGGCCUAGAACGACUAGCAGAGAUGCGCAUCUACAGCAAUUACUUCUUCCGCCCGAUACUCAAAUCCUAGAAAGUAUCUCCAAAGCUGCCAACUUGGACAUCACUCUCAAACAACAAGCCAAGAACGAUAAGAAGGAGGAUAAACGAAAAGCUUUGGAAAAUCUGAGAGGUAUGCUACCGACUGAUUUCUCUAGUUCUAUAAAAGAGAAAAAGACUGCCUUACCAAACUUAUCAGAUUUUACGAAACUACUAGAAGCCCAAGUCAGCCAUUCGACUAAGAGAUCACAAGAGCAACAAAUGAAAGAGGCCUUGGAGCAUUUCAGUCGUACCAAUAUCGAACUUAUGGCCAAAGCAAUGAGCGAAGAGCAGAACAAAUUCUUGGCUUCGACGUCGACGCCUAAAAGGCCUAGAGAAUCUCUGGAAAUAAUUGAAAAACACCCCCCAGUUCAUGAAAGCGAUUUAGACCAACCACUCUCGAAAAAAUCUAGAGAUGAUAAAUCGCGUACGCCUACGCCCCUAUCGAUUAUAGCCACGCCCACUUCGACUCCCAGUGCCACCAUGCCAAUGACGCCUUCGCCCGUUCCGCCCGCUUUGCCGAUCAACCCAGUAAUGAACGAGACCGAAGGCGUGGAUAUCGAAGCGCUGUUACCCCCCUCGACGGUUGUGAAAGCAUCUAUUAGUCCUCAGAAGAUUGCUGAGAAAAUCGCGGUGAAGGAAAAGUCGCCCGAACCUCCGGCUGUGGAACCGCCGCAACAGGAGUCUGAGCCAGAACAGGCUGAAUGUAAGACGAUUCAAAAUCCCUCCCCCAACAAAGAUGAAGAACAGUCCAAACCGGAAACGUCCGAGGAAUCGGAAACGCCCCCAAAGAAGAAUGCGAAGCGAACAAGGGGCAAACGUAAAUCGGGAGAGGUGCCCAUCGACCACGAAUCGGUGAUAGCGAAGAAAAAUUUACGUUCUAGUGCUAGUCGAUCUGCGGCCGCGGCGGCCGCCAGACAAAAAAUGGAGGCGGAGAACGCGCAACGUGAGAGCGAGAACAAUCCUUCGUAAUUUAUUGGGUUCUUGCAUUCUCAUGGAUCCUGGCCUAUAUACACAGUGUUUGGUCGAUGAUGUACAGUUUUUGUGGGUAUUGGUGAACUGUGAUACAAUGUUCUGGACUCACUUCUGAAGUGAUUUUGUGGUGUAUAUUAUCAUUUAUAAAAAAAACUGAUGGUUAUAAUACGCUUGAAUGAAAAUAAAAAACAUGUAUUCCCCAUUUUUAGUAAUUAACAAUAUUUAGGGUAUAAUUACUGAAUUCUAGUAGGCUUAACGAUGGACAUGAGUUAUUAUGCAACUAGCGAACAACAAUGUUUGCCCCCUGUGAGCAUCGAUUUAAAAAUGAAAACGGAAAUGAGACAUUUUCUUUAUUAAUAUUUGAAUUGAUUUUUUCUAGACAAACAAGCAGAAUAUUGGUUGUUUUAUUUUUACAUUUUGUUAUUUUUUCACAUAAACUUUUUUCUACUGGUUCUAAAGUUUGUCUAAAUAUGUUUAUUUAUUUUUUAAAUCUGUUUCAUUUUUUUGUCAAUGCAGACAUAUUUUUUUGACAGAAUUACUCUUAUGGUUGAAAUGUUCAAUUCUCAAAUAGCACAAACUAACCUGUACAUUAUUGAUAGAACUAACUGAUUUUUUUUAAAUGUUCUACAAAGCACAAAAUUUUAAUCUGGAGUAUUUUUGUCGUUAAAUAGUGUUAUGGAGCAUGGGACUCGAAUGUUGAGCUGAUGCUUCUGUAGGAAAAAUGUUUUAGUUGUGUAAAUUUUCGUCUCGAGUUUGUGAUUUUAGUUUUGUUGAUUUUUGGACUACGGCUUUAGCGUUUUCUUGAACGUUGCAGCGAGUCAACUUAAAUAAAAAAAAAAUGAAACUGAUAUUUUGGACUUUAUUUUCCACUAUUCGCAAUUUGUAUAUAUAUAAAUAUGUUAGGCAUUAAAACGAAAUCAUUUUUUUAAAUACGGUGUGAAGAGUGUAAAUAAAAUUCUAGUGUUUUAUUUCUUCCUUUUUUAUUAAUGUACGUCUUUCGACUACACGAAGUUUAUGGAAUUUUGUUGGUCUCUAAAGCUUCCCAGACGACGAGUUCGGUAAUGUUGAAAUUGAGAAUAUCAGUAGCUAGCAAAUUUGGAAAUGGAAAAACUUAUAUUGAAAAACAACAAUAUUAUGAAUAUGUCAUGUGUUUAGUACUUAAAGGUUAUCAAAAGGAAUGUCCUACUUAUUUUAAUAAACAAGCUUACUGGCAGCUUUUGAAAAGUUAAGGAGGUCUAUUCUGUAACUAUGGUUGUUAUCUGGCAAUAUUCUAACAACUUGUUAUCUUACCACUUUCAAAGCAACUGUAUAACAAUUUUGACAAAAGUUGCUAUUCCUGUAUUUAUUCAUGGUUCCUAUAAAAAUACUAUUUGUAUGUAUACUAUGUUGUAAAUCAGGCUUUUAACAACAACCUUCGAAUGAGGAGGCUUAUCCAAUACCUUCAUGGCCUUGACUUCAAUAGAGCACCAGAUAGUGACCGAUUUAAGUGCUCCAUUUCACAUACAAGCCUCAAAGUGUACAUAGCUGUUGAGUGGAAUGAAAGAAAAUUUACGAGUAAAUCUUGGGGAUAAAACAUAAAAAUUCGAUUUUCCUUAACAGAAAAAUUUUCCGACCUUAAAAUGCACUUAUUCAUUCAGGUCAUUCUAUCCAAUAUGUUUUUUGGACUAGUGACGAUAUACGUUUUCAUACAUUCGAUGGGCUAUUGUGGAAAAAUCGGUUAGUCUUGAUUUUUCCUUACAAGAUUACGUCCUUAUUUCAAUCAACCCUUUAGCCAUUAGCAACAUUAAAGCUUUUGGUUUUACGAAGCCUAGUUUUAUUAGUUAAUCAUUUAGUGAACACGGCUUGAGUGAAUAUAUGAGCAACAAAAUACCUUUAAUUUUUAUUAAGGAAAAUCGAAUUUUCCAUAUGUUAUCCCCAGGAGCCACUCGUAAAAAUCCUUUCAUUCUACCCAAAAUCAAUGUACUUUUCAACCCUCUUUGAAGCUUGUAUGCAAAAAUGGGGCACUUAAACACGUCGCUAUCUGAUGGUCUAGAAGUGAAAUAUAAUUAAUUUGAGAUUUUUAUAUUUUGUUAGUGUACUGGUUUGAAAUUUGAAAAAAAGUUGUUCUAAAAUUCCACUAAGACAGCAAAAUAUAAUAUGCAACUUUAUCGCAAGCAGACGAUCUGAGAGGUUGUCACAAGAGAAGACAGAGCUCGGUGACGUUAACCAGCAGGCUUUUUGACAAGGUGAGAGGCAAGUUUUGUAUGCUCCUGGAGGAUGCACAAUAUUCCUAUCAAUAUCUAAGUGAUGUGGGUGUAGGACCCACUCUCUCCACCUUGCAGAUUUCGAGCAAGAAAUAGUAGUCUGCUGAAGUCAUUUCUAAAACAAACCGUUAGUAAAAAUAAUAGAUAUACUUAUUUGGCUCUGAUAAGUUCCUCAUCUUGUCGAUAAACAGUCCUCCCAUUAAUUUAUUGGUCUAUUAAAAUAUUCAUCAUCCAACGAUUCAUAUUUCUUUCUCAGCAACUAGUUGUUACGCUUAACCUUAACCACUAAGAAUAUUUUGGUUGCAUUCAAAUAACUUUGAAUCCACUUUUGCAACCACUAGUUAUAAAUUUUACCUAGAGAAUUCUGAUUUCCUCAAAGUGGUAAUAUAAGACCUUGGUCUAAUAAACUUGCUCGCUCGGUAGCAACUGUAAGACGGAAUAGCCCCCAAAGUCUCAAAAAGCUGCGCAUCAUUUAACGCAUUUUUAGUACUAAAUAGAACAAGUUCUAAUUAAUACUUUAUUUAGUGUCGUGACAAGCCUUAAAAUAUUAAAUGAAACAAGCUCAAUCCUAUCACAAUCGGAACAUACAUUGAGGGAAGGAGAAAUAUCUCAAUAGUGACGCAAUGUAAAGGCGCGAUUUAUUUCCAAACUUAAGCAGAAACGACAAUUAUUUUGAAGAAAUGACCAAAUAAAAGUAGUAGAUAUAAUAACUAAAAUGAAAUUUUUAACACAAGAGGUGCCAUGUCUUAGUAAACUGUUUAAUUUUAGAAUAAAGAAAAUAAAUGAACUCUGAAAGACGUGAUGUGAUAACCUCAUUCUAAAUAAAUAUUAAUGACACGGCUAGAAUAUAUCCACCAUCGUGGGCGCCGUUCAAAAAAUUUCCAGGGAGGGGCGUUUUAUAGGUAGGGUCAAAACGCCAUGGCGAAAUUAUCUAGAAGGGGCCCCCGUGUGGCGACGCCUAUGUCCACGAAUUAUGUAAAAAGUACACAAUUGUAUAGUUUGUGCAACAAGAAUGAUAUGAUGGAUAAGGACAAUCCACUUGAGUUUUACAGUAUAUUUUUUCUGCCACCCACUAACAAAAAUUUAGGAGUUAUUAAGAUAAAAUAACUAUUUUAACGAAAACAUUUGAAAUGAUUUUACUAAUAAAAAACGCUUCGGGGAUUUGAACCCCACCCUUUGCAAUGGGAACACAUCACUCAAGCUGUUGCUCUACCACCUUUUAUAUUUUUUAUGGCUUAACAUUUAUAAUUUUAUUGAUUUUUAGUAAGUUUUAUUUAAAUUUACAGUUUCUUUGUAAAUAAAAACGAGUAUAGUGAAUUGCAAUUAUUAAUUAUAUUUAAUCUCAACUAAAAAGUAUACUGACGAUUAGUUUUGACUUUUGACAGAAUUGUUAUAUAAAAUUUUAAUCUGCUUAUUGCCAUCACAGAUACAAGAUUUGAGGGCUAAAUAUUAUCCCUUUGAAUUUUUUUUGUAUCCUUACUAGAAUAGAUAUGAAAUUAUAUCCAUUCAGUAGAACGCAGUGGAGAAGGUAAAAUACUGCCUUUCCAGUAAUCGAUAAAAAUUAAAUCAACAACAAAACUAAAAGAUGCCUUUUUGAAUUAGUCUUAAUUAUACAACUAUGACAUAAAUGCAAUCGACUCGAUAGCAUGGUUAAAAACGUCAGUGUGCCAAGCAAAAUUCCAAAAAUUUCUCCUAGUCGGCACUUAAUAUUUGGUAUAUAAGUCUGAUGAGUAUUUAUUUUAAUUAUUGACAGUGUCUUGACGUAUUAAUUUUUGGAAUAAAUAAUGCAUUUGAGAUCUUGGACGAAUCCAAGCCUUACUAGAUCUGUCAUCAUAUACAGCGUGUACACGUAUCAUAGUAUGGUAGCUCUCUGAUUUAUUGUUUGUUAUAAUGUUCAUAUAGAUAAUUAAAUGAUAUGAAUGAACCUA